AGAGCAGGCACGCGUCGCGGCCGCCAGCAGAAUUGCCGCAGCCUUCGUGUCGAAUGCACGCGAAUAUCGUACGCGGUCCUUCCGACGUUUUCGCGAAUAACGAGUGUUUGAACAUAAUUUUUGAACGAUUUGUUCUAGAGUGUUUCGAUUAUUAUUAUUUUUUUUUUUAAAUAAUCAACCAGCCAGCGUUAUGAUGCGGGAAUUAAUGAGAUUAGCAGUUCUUCUCGCAGCGGUGACAGCCUCCAUCGGAGCUCCAGCAUCAUCAGCUAACUAUGAUGAGAACCUUACAUUGGACAGAAAAGAGCAAUCCACUCAUGAAUUAUUAAGCUCGCUUGGCUUAAAAAAACUGAGAAUACCGGCCGCGCAUCACAGGAAGCGCCUCGCAGAACAAGGGAGACGCCAUAGUACGGGAGACUCCAGAAUGUACGUCAUUAAACUACCCCCCAACAUGAGUUAUUACUCUCAUGCCGAUCCAGCGCCCGCCGCAGCGAGGACUCUACCUCUUCAGAUGAAGAGCAACGGAAAACCUGCACGCGUUUACCACUGGAAUAUUCCAGUACUGCAGAAAUUGGCAAAGAACCGACCUCAGGCAAGAUUCGACGACGAUAGCAUAGUCGAUGUUGAAAGUACUCCAACGUGGCCAAAAGCACCGACCGAUCAUCCGAACGCUCUUGACGCGUUGGCGUAUUACGUUCCCGCCAAAAAGACGUCGUUCCGAAAAUAUUUUUCAGGCAACGGGAAACCGAAAUCGUUUUAUGUGAUCGAAAAAAACAAGAGUGCCGCACAGUAUCAUAAGUUAUUGCCUUAAUUGAGAUAAUUUGAUCACGGUUAGAUGUACGAAAGAAAAUAAUCUCUAAUAUAACUCUUGACGUGAAUGAUAAAACGCAGCAUAGAUUACAGAUUACAUAAAGGACUAAGUAAUAAAAAUAUUGUUUUAUUAAACAAAAAUGGCCAGUUGUAGCUUCAUUAUUGACUGAGUGAAAACUCAGACAAUUAAAUGAUAUGUUAUAACAAAAUCAAUGUAAAAUCACUAGAGCAAAAUUCCUACACCUAAAUUGUAUUUUACUAAAUUAAAGGUCUUAAUCUGUGAGUGAACCUCCUUGUAUUUUGAAGAUGAUUGUAAAAUUGCAUUGGCAAAAAUAUAUAUCGGAAAUUUGAAGGAACAAUAUAGAUUUCAAAUUGUCAACUCCAAUUUAUUAUUUAAAAUAUAUAGCUGCAACCCUUUAUAGGUUAUCAUUUUCGUUAAUUCAUUUAGAAAUUAAUAUAGUCGUAACCCUAAGGAAAACUUUAUUUAUAGUAGUUGACUUUUGAAUAAUGAAAAAUCCUUAUGGUGUCCACUUAAAAAAAUAAAAAUGAUCGUAAAUUAAUUUUUUAUCCAGAACUAACCCAAUUAAAUUCACUUAUCAUCUGUUUAUUGUUUUUCAUUAAACUGCAUUUAAAGUAGUAUGUAUAUGGAACCAAAUGUUUCCCCAAUAUAUUUCACUCUAAAUAAUUGAAGCCAAUUUCAAAGUUGUCAUAUUUUCGUUUUCAAUAAAGUACCUACGAGUAACAUUCGUAACUCCAAAAAUCAAUAAUUUUACAGACUUCAAAUCAAAAUAAAGGAGGCUCUUGAUUCGAGGCGUAUGUUUCAAUUAAUACAAUUUUAAUGCGGUAAUAUUUUUUAAGUAAAAUAGAUUAUUUAUAUCCGCAUAGUAGGUAAUCGAUCCAGUGCGUGUUAAUGUAAAAAAGCUUUUAUUAUAUUUUCUAAGUAGCAUUAAGUAAACGAUAGGUGCUUAGAUCUAUUAUUAAGACUGUAUUACGAAUUUAAAUUAUUUUUUACUAAAGUUAAGAUGCAACAUUUUUAAAAUAAUCUUUGGCUAUUAGAAUCUGUAUGGUUGUGGUACUUGGUGGUUGGUAAGGCUUAUUAGUAUGCAGGGUGUCUUUAAACGGUUCCCGGAUGGUGUAUCCAGUGACAGGUAGCAGAACCAGUGAUUUCUCUUAGCGGCUCAGAUCAGAUAAGACACAGAUCGAUUUCGAAAAAGUGUACAAUAAUGUUUUUUGGCUUAUAGCUCAAUAUAAUACUUCGACGCUAACAAAUCCAGUGAAAUAUUUGACGAAAGCCCAAACAGAUUUGACUCGAGCGAAGGGUCAUGACAACGAGUGUCCAAUCCAAAUGACCGUGAUUAAUGUUAUCUGAAAUAUUAUGGGAUUCAGUUUUGGUACAACAAAUGCGAUUUCGGGAACCCAAAAACUUUGCAUUUUUUUCUUUCACUUUUAUUAUAAACAGCCCGAAUUGUAAAUUAUAGUUUGCUCUUAGUUUACCUGUAUUCUAAUUACAAAAAAUCCCUCAGAAAUACCCUCAAUGUACGCAGAUGAAGUCAAGGAGUCAUAGAAUAUGAUAUAAAUGUUAAUUAAUAAUAUUUAUUUUUACUUAACUAUACGAAAUGGGACUAUAAAAUUUAUUUGCUACUAGCUGACUCCCGCGAUAUUACCCGCGGUUAUUGUCGUACCGCGGCUGACACCGCGGGGCGAAGCUAGUCUAAAAAAGUAGCCUAAGUUACUCCUUAUAUCAUCAGCUAUCUAUCAG